UAUUGUGGGGCUGCACAUGCUCAGUGGAGCCACGGGUUUCCAUUCAUAUAUAUCACACAAGCAGCGCUGCUCCACUGUGAGGAUCUGCAGCUUCCCCUCCGCAGACUCGGGGAAUGAGUACCUGCUCCGGGCACCGGGCAGCUGGGAGACCCGCCGUCUGAUCGCACAGCUGGCAGCGAACCUCCGCCGCUUACAGCAGGGGGCCGCGCUUCCAUUACAGCCUUCUGCUUUCGCAGGAGGAGGAAUGUAAAAAGAUGGAUGUCCUGCGUACGGGUUUUCCCAGCUCCGAUCUCUUUUUCCGUUCCUCCUUUUUUCUUUUUUUCUACGCGAUCCUCUCAAUGGAGAGGAACAGCAAAUAAAACGCAAGCGUGUCUGCGGUGGGAGGGGCACACAGGUAGGGGCGGACGGCGCUCUGUCUACGGCUACGGCAUUCCAUCUAUGGCAAAGGAUGCGUUAGUCCACCAUGGAGUUCAGCUCAUCCUCGGUUUUUGAUCAGCAUAAAGAUUCUGCUGAGGAAGUCGACCUUAAUGUCGUAUACCUGGCAGCAGCCAAUGGAGAUGUCAAUACUCUGACAGCGGUCAUCCGCGAGGACCCAUCCAUUUUGGAAUGUUGCGAUGGCGAAGGGUCCACCCCUCUGAUGCACGCAGUGUCGGGUAGACAGGUGGACACUGUGAAGCUGCUGCUGAAAAUGGGGGCAUCCAUAAACACUCAGGAUGCCUGUGGACGAACGUCUCUUUCCUUGGCAACGUACCUGGGCUGGCUUGAAGGCUGUGUGUGUUUACUCCGAAAUGGUGCCAAGCAAAACAUCCCAGACAAAAAUGGACGUCUGCCACUUCAUGCUGCCACUGCUGAGACUGACUUAAGGCUCAUGGCCGUGCUGCUGCAGCAGUCCACACUGUGCGAAAUCAACCACCAAGACAACGAGGGCAUGACAGCUCUUCAUUGGGCGUCUUUCCACAACAGGCCGCAGCACGUCCAAGCCCUUCUGCAGAAGGGAGCAGACCCCACUCUGGUGGACAAAGACUUCAAAACUGCCCUUCACUGGGCUGUGCAGGUGAGGUCACAGAGUGGCAGCAGAUUCAUGUGCUCACUCAUCCUGGACCACCACUUGGGUUCAUCCGUCAUCAACUAUGACGAUGAAAAUGGGAAGACAUGCGUGCACAUCGCUGCCGCUGCCGGCUACAGCGACAUCAUCUACGAGCUGGCGCGCGUCCCCGAGACCAACCUGCAGGCGCUCGAUGUAGACGAGAGGACCCCCCUCCACUGGGCCGCUGCCGCAGGGAAGGCUGACUGUGUCCAGGCCCUGUUGCAGCUGGGCGUGGAGACGGGCCCACGGGACAUCAACGAAAACACACCCCUCACAUAUGCAAUGUAUUGCGGCCACACUGCUUGCAUCAAACUCCUCUCCAUAGAGAGCAGAUCCACAGAAUCAGAUAGGCAGCUGCACUCCCAGAACAGUGACCACAGUCUCAGAAAGGAAGGCAAAUUCAGCGUGCUCAACCAGAUCUUCUCCUGCAAGAAGAGGAAAGAGCAUCAAAUGUCAAGACAGAAGGACAAGGUCAGAGACCGGGACCGCCACAUGAAGGAGGAGACAUCUGAGGUUGAUGACAUCAUCACCAUGUUUGACUGCAUCGUGGAGUCCUCCCCCAAGGACCAAACUGAGGACAGUCCAGACACUCGAAAGCAUCCCAGCGAAACUCAGAAACACCACCUUAAAGAGAAUCACGCUAUGGCAAAGGAAUACAAGGGGCUCCCACCCAUAAGGACGCAAAGUCUUCCCCCCAUCACACUGGGAAACUCUUUGUUGGCCAGCUCCCAAAAUGCAUCGCAAGCGGGUGCCCAGGGGCAGAUGGCCCACCAUUUUGCCCGCAGGUCUCAGAAAAGCCGGAGUGAGCAUGACCUGUUUGACAAUCGACCCAAAGGCCAGGCCGUGCUCAGCAACACGUGGAGGUCGGAAUCCAAUCAGGUACUCUCACACAAAGCGUGGACGACCCCUGAUUCUGACAGGCUGCUGGAUGAGCUGCUGGAUGAGAAGUCCAACACCCUGGAUGUACUUUACCCUCACCACAUUCCUUACAUGCAGAAAAAUGAAGCUCCGAAUUCACACCUGCUUCCACUGGACAGGUUGAAGAUCAGGGAGACUGCCCUCACACGCAACAGCUUGGCCCCCAUUCGUGACCACUGCACUCACAGGUUCUCCUUGCCACCUGACCAAGUAUCUCAGGGAGUGAAGAAAUCCAAAUCUCUCCCUCUGGGUUCCCUGGGACGCGCCCGACCGGGCCUCCCUCCACCAGUGACCUCCAGGACCCACAGGAUUGCAAUGCCCCAGAGCCAGUCCCUCUGUUCAUUCUUGCCCAUCCAAACAGGGGACCCCCUGCGGAACAUCCACGUCCUCCCUGCCAUCCCAUCCCAUAAGAAACGCAGCAUGUCCCCACCCGAACCCCAGAGGACCACUCACAGUGACCUUGACAACAGAACCUGAUGUGUCUUUGCAUCUCCCCGGGUGACACGGGGCACGAUGUACUGUAUAAAUGACUGAACCGUCUCCUGUGAGCUAUCAGUGCAGUUCAGCUUGGUGACUUUAAAUUGGCUUGAAGAGAAUGGCACAGCAAGAAUGCAGUAUGGCAAAUUACCUGUUGCUCAGUCAUCAUUCGCCCUUGGGGGUCCAUGUGUACCCUUUGUACAGUUGCUUCUAGAAUUUUCCUGGAAUUGACAAGGAAACGAUGAUUUUUUUUUUUCCGGAUUGCUGAAAAUAUUUGCAAAAUUUAAGAAUGACAGCCUAUUUUUACACAUUUUUACAUGGUGAUACACACUCCAUGUCUCAAGGCAUGUACUGUUUAUUGUUCGGGUUCUCUUGCACCCUUGUACUUGAAUUUCAUUGUUUAGGUUUGUGUGUGGAUAUUUUGCAGAUUCAAUAAAGAGUAUGACCUAUUUAGAUUCAUUAUUUUUGCACCUUGGUGCAUGCAUAUUGGGCAAUAAAAUUGUAGUUAACCAAG